GACGAAUUGUACGUUAAAGUACGACUGCAGCCCGUGGCGCAAAUAUCAGUUCUAAAUGCAAUCAGUUGGGACAACCUCCCACUUCUCACUAUGAAGCUCUCCGUGGACAGAGAUCCAAUGAACGAUGAACAUCAUAAUGUUCUCGCUAAAGCUAAUUAUUUUAAAUUAACACUAAUCGGCUGCUACAAUAUAACGAAUGCAUUUACUGAUUUCAAUUUUGUAGCUGCUUCAAAAACAACCAUGAAUAAUGAAAAGGGUAAUAUUGUGACCAAAUUCUACGAUGGAUACAAAGAACCAAAAGGAUUUUCCGGCGUAAGCUUUUUUCCUAAAUGGGAAACUAUGCGUUUUCAAUCAAAUGUCAACGCACAAUAUUUCGAAAAAUUUAAUUGUACAAUAGAAAACAUACAAAACGAAGCAAACAUUGAUUUGAAGAAAUAUUUUCAGAAAUCCACAAGCAAUGUAAUAUGGGCUUCGUUUCAUCGAACGCUUCUGCUGAAGAGUACAGAACAAUCGUUCCUGGACUUCAUACGUCAAUACAGUUGGCCAUUUGAACUUUAUGCUUUCGACAAUAACGUUGAUUAUUCUUUAAUGGCUUUUCUGGAUUUGUUUAGACUACUCUAUCCUGGAGAGGAUACAAUUCGCAUGGCAGUGCCCCUGAAAUGGUUGGAUGAAGCACUAAUGAAGGAAAAAUGUAACUGUUAUAAGUUAUUAGAAGUUACAGAAAAAGAUCCCUCUACUAUUAGUAAUGUUAGGAAAUCAAGCAAAGUAAUAUCAGAAGGGACAAUGAAAACUGAUCCAAUACAAGUGACAACAACGGGGAAUGAUGAUACAGAUGCCUUCGUUGUUUUAGAAGUCGCUCUUAAAAAUCCAAUUAGGAAGCCUGCGAUCCCGCCAUAUAUAAGUCCGAUACAAAUAAAUAAAAUGUUAGACGACAUGGAAGGUCAGCAGAUUCAACGAGAGUGCACGGCGAGAGGACAACUUGCCAAAGAUUGGGUGAACGCGGUCAAGAUGGCGGCUAAUGCGCUGCGCAGGAUUUCAUACUAUGGUUCAACCGACUUCUGUACGUUUGACCGUCAGUUCAGCUCGACUCGGACUCGAGUGGAGAUGGUCACGUCGUUUUGCGACGAAGCUGCCGUUUAUGUCAAUAAUAACUUUGUUGCCAGAGAUUUCUUGGAUUCAGAUGACACGUUUAAGGAGUUGACAGUAAUGGCGCACGCAUGCCUUGUGCGGGAGGCUUCCGAUUGCCUGCUGAUGCCUGAGGUGCGGUGGCUGGAGCCCACCCUCAGGGCGGCGCGACACGCUCGCACCUUCCAAGACGUCUACCACGCUGUUGAACUUUAUUUUCAAUGCGUGUCCCAAAAUCCUCGCGACGCAAAUCUUUGGCGCGAGCUUGCGACCUGCCUGCAGGAUCUCGACCAGGAGUGGGCCGAUGUCUGUCUCGACAAGUCAUUAUGUCUCAAUCCAAGACACCCUCUAACGCUACUUUCUAAAGCGUGUAUGCUCUUCAAGAAAGAUCCAGACGCGGCCGAGCCGUUCUUUAUGGGCUUGUUAUUCUUCCAGCCGUUUUGGGUGACUGGGAUGGUUGCAGUCAAUGCUUAUUUCUUGCAUAGAGAAUGUUUUGAAAUGGCUGAUGCGAUUGCAGAGUGCAUUAAAGAUGUACAAAAACAAGGGCUGUCGGAUCAAGUGAAGAUCCCUCGGGCUUGGGAGAACGAGCUGGGCGAUUGGUGGGACGCGACACCGCUACUGCCUGGCAUGAGCUUGUAUUUCGACUCUGCUGAUCUGCUGCUGAGGUUACGAGGUAUCAAAUUAGCAGAAGUUUGUGUAGCUCAAGCACUGCAUACUUGUGGCGACUGUCCUGCCUACUAUCAUCUACUGGCCCUCUGUUGUCGUCUAAAAGGCGACAUUAAUAACGCUCUAUGUCAUAUCCGUGAAGGAAUCAAGAGAUUUGGUGAGAUCAGUUAUUUGAGGACAUUGGAGGCAGAGUGCUAUCACAUGCAGAAAAAUCUUCCAGCCACUAUUGCUUCUUUGAACAUGGCUGAUACGAAUCUUGGCUCUUACAGCGUUCUGCUAGGCAUGAUGAGCAGCAAGUCGGAGCGAUGCCGUUCGUUACUAACAGAGCUGCUGCGUCGACAGCCUAGCGCCUACGCCUGGAUGGCUUAUGCUGAAGAAUGGAUACUGGCAGCUAAAGCAGAAGCAAAGAAAGCAUCACCGAAAGGAGAAGCUCAAGCUAUUGCGUACGCAGUGGUGUGCGCGACGGAGGCCCUCAAGAUAGACAAGCAGGCGGGCGUCGCGUGGGCACUCCUCGCCAGAUUUGUUAAGAAGAACGCGAGGAAAAUUUACUGCAGGAAGAUGGCCGCCGCGUGCGGACACAGCUGGGUGGGUGAGCGCGCCGGCUCACCGUCAGGAUCGCGGCCCGGCUUGUGCCAGAGCGUCGGCAAGGCGCUGCGAGAAUGUCAAUGCCGAAUAUGUGCACACUUAAUACUGUAACAACUAAUUUUAUUGUUUGUUUACUUAUUACUGCUUAUAAAUAAACUUUACUGAAUUGACA